GGAGAUUUAAAUUAAACACCCACCCCAUCUUAACAGUAUAUAGGGCUUUCCUGACUAGCUAGGUCAUAACGAACUUGUGGCUAAAAGAGCACACACAGGAAACUAGCCAGCUAACUACGCACCCAAAACAAAGUAAAGUAGAUCCCCACAACCGAUAAGAAGCAUAAAGAAACAUAUUGAAUUGUUUACAAUGUUGUCGAAUAUGGACUUUAUGCUCAAUUCAAACUUAAUUGUCUUGGUUCCUCAGUAAAAACACACAAAUUAAUAAAGAAUAUUGUAAUAUGAAAUAACUUGCAACACACAAAUUAUCUUAUAGUUUAUCAGUAAAACACACAUAUUAUAUAAUAGAGAAUAUUGCAUUGUAAAAUAACUUCUACAUACAAAUUAUUCGCAUGAAGUGCAAUUUGCAAAUUUGGGGAUGACAGAUUAUUUAAAAAAAUGGCGGACGACAAGGAAGUGUUGAGAGAAGUUUGGGAGGGACGUCUUCCAGUUUGUUUUAACAUGAGUCCUGAUGAGAUUACUACAGUUGAGCAGCCUGAACCAUGCUAUUUACUUGUACCACGGAUGAGUUAUUUUCCUCUUGUUACAGAUAAAGUUUUUCGUCAUUUUCAGAAAGCAAGUAAUCAAGAUGAUAUUAAUGAAAUGUGGCUAGAGUAUAAUGGCCAGCCGUUAAAGUGGCAUUACCCAAUUGGUGUACUGUAUGAUUUGUAUGCAUCUAAUGUACUUCCAUGGAAUGUGACAAUACAUUUUAGAAAGUUUCCUGAAUCAGAAAUUAUCAGGUGUUAUGGACGAGAAGGUGUAGAGGCGCAUUUCAUGUCAACAUUAAAAGAAGCUGAUAGUCUAAAACAUAGAUCUGCAGUUAUGAAUGCUAUGAAAAAGAAUGAUCAUAAACAGCUCUGGAUGGGCCUUUAUAAUGAUAAGUAUGAUCAAUUUUGGUCCAUCAAUAAAAGAUUGAUGGAAAGAUUAAACAGCGAGCCGUUUCGAAAUAUUCCUAUCCGUAUAUAUCAAACAGAUGGCCUGAUGUUGCAAAAAUUAUAUAAGACUGUAUCCAAUGAUGGAGAUUUAAACACAUUUGGUGGUUUCUUAAAGCUAUGUGUGCCACAUGUUUUAGAUGAGAAUAACUCUGAAAAAGUCUCUGAUGAAUGGAAAGUUUUGAUUCAAGGAUUAAACCCACCGUUAGAAACACCUGUUCAGUGGUUAAGCGAACACUUAAGUCACCCGGAUAAUUUUUUGCAUGUUGUUGUUUUACGUUCUUACCGAAAUCCUGCACAGUCCACAUUUUAAAUUUACAUUUUGGGGUGAACUAAAAUAAAAAUACAAGUACAUGCAAGGCAGUUUUUUUAUAAACAGUUAUAUCCAAGUUCAGUUCACAAAUAUUUAAAAUUGAUGUACAUACAAGUGACAUGUUUUCUGUUGUAAUAUGACUUUUUUGACUUUGUGUUCUUAUUUCAAUGAAGAACAUUUUAGCUUUUAACAUCUGCAAAAAAAAGAUUUUGCCAGAUAUAGCGUUCGAGGAAAAUAAAAUUAGUAAUGAAGAUAUUUUUUGAGAAUUUUAAAUUUUGAGUUCAUAAAAAUUGGAACUUAGAAUUUGUAUAUCUUGAGUUGUAUGUCUAAUUUCGAUUUUCUCAACAUAGUGCAUUAUUUGGGUUCUAAUAAUGCAAUGUAUCGUAAAUUUGCUUUUGUAUUGAUUAUAUCAGAUAUUAUUUUUAAUAUUA